GUCCCCGAGGGAGGAGUCCACACCUUCUGCUCUGGGAACAUUUACCAUAUGUGAGCUCUUUGGCUUACCCGCUGCACCCGUUGCUGCUGCGUUUCUUCAUCGUGGGGCCUCAGCUCUCGUUUGGAGAACUCAUUUGACCCACCCGCUCCAGGUCAGGGAUCCGAGUUUGGGAAGAUGAUGGGGCUGCGAUCGACCACGGACCCCGGGAGCGCGGGGGACACCUCGCUCAUGACGCCGUCCGACAAGGACCUGAGCUCGGGACAGCAACGUGUGCUGAACCAGGUCAACACCAUUAAGAGAGGCAAAUCGAAGUACAAGAACGGCACGACGAGUCCCACAAGCCCUGCUCCACCGACUUCAAAAACCUCUGACUUUGGGCUGUUCAAGUAUAGGGCAGCUAGCACCUACAGCCGCUCCAACUCCAGCGGGUCAGCCGGUUUCCACAAUAAGAAGACUCGAAGUCUAACAACUAAAAGUACGAAGGGAAGAUUAGUCAGCUCCAACAUGGAACAAGUCAACUCCUCAUCCUGGACAAAAAGCCCCAAUGGGCUGAAACCCAGUCAGAGUGACCCCUCUUUGAUUUCAGCUCGUCUUGCUCCGGCACCUAGCAUGAAACCCAAAGGGCAGAUCAAUUCAAGCCAAAUCCAAGUUACUAAAGAGACCCGUUCAACAAUUAAUGGCCCGUCUUUCACCGAGAGUCAAUCACGCAUUUUCCGGCCACCUUCCAACCAGUCUCAAACCAAUGGCAAGUUGGGCUCCAUUAGGGUGUCCCAAAUCGAGCAGUCAUCCAUGGUGAACUCUACAGGAAACAUGCAAGAUAAUUUAACCUUAUAUCAGGCCCUGGAUUACCUGGUGAGCUCUGAUGAGAGCUACCAGCAAUGUGGGGCCAACUAUAUCCAACAUGUCUGCUUCAGUAACGAAUCAGUCAAAGACGAGGUUUACACGUAUAAUGGAAUUCCACGGUUGGUGAACAUGCUGGACAGCAGCAACCCAAACUUACUAAGGGCUGCUUCUAGUGCUCUGAGAAAUCUCGUCUUCCAGCACGAUGAAAACAAGAAGGAAGUUCAGAAUUCCGGUGGCGUAGCUAAGAUCCUGAACCAAAUGAAGAACACAAAGUCUACUGAAACGCAGAGACAACUCGCUGGCCUACUCUGGAACCUGUCUUCCGUUGACGACCUGAGGACUGAGCUGACUUCGACAGCACUUAUCGCUCUGACUAAGAAUGUGGUGGUGCCAUUUAGCAUCCCAAAGGAUGACGCAGAACAUGUAGAUCCAGAAGUCUUUUAUUUUGCCACCGGCUGCUUGAGGAACCUGAGCAGCGGCUCAUCACCUCACAGGCAAAAAAUGAGAGAGUGUGAAAACCUUAUUGAGGCCCUGGUGACAUACAUUUCAUCAUGUGAGAAGGAAGGGAGACUAGAUGACAAGCCUUUGGAGAACUGUGUGUGCACUCUCCAUAACUUGACAUACCAACUAUGGAAAGAGUGUCCGGAGGCUUCAUACUCAGCAGAGGUUCGAUCUGAUAAUCAUGAGGGUAGGAAAAGCCCCACAGUUGGAUGCUUCAGUCCUAGAAGCAGAAAAGCUAAAGAUGCGAUUUUCUCAAACCUACCACAAGACUUAGGAGAAGGCAGUGAUGAGACAACCCUGGGAUCAGAGGUGAAGUGGUUGUACAACUCAAAAGCCACAGAUGCGUAUGUUGCGCUGCUCAAGUCGUCCGAAAACGAUGUCAUUAAGGAGGCCAGCUGCGGUGCCAUGCAGAACCUCACUGCAAGCAACCAUAAGGGGUCUGUAGCUGUGAGUGAACAUUUGCUCAACCAACUUUCAGACAAUUGUCUCGUGCCCAGUCUAUUGCGGUCCAAAGUUACUCAAAAGACGUAUGCCUCUCUUCUGGAUAACAUGUCUCGCAAACCCAGUUUGCUAACCCAGAUGGCACCGAAGAUUUUGCCUGAACUUGGGAAGGCUUUGGCUGACACCGAAUGGCAAAAAGAAGCAGAUCCUGAUAGUGUUGCAACUGUUUGCAAAGUGUUACCUAGACUGCUGCUGAUAGACCGGCACCUCAGCAAGAAGACCAUGACUCCAAAUUGUAUUAAGGCACUGCAGGAUUUAAGUAGUAGAGAUUCCAAAAACACUGGAUCCCUUGCAGCCUCAAAACUACUAUACAACUUGUGGACAGAUAAGUGUCUGAGAACCACCAUAAAACAUCUGAAAUUUGACAAAUUCCAAUUUGUCAGUCCAACAACCAUAGACGCCAUCAAGCUCUCCACGCCUUGAGUCGAUGAAUGUCCGCCCCAAGAUUAACAAGAGAAGGAAACCCGCCUGAUCAGAAGCUUCUGCAGCCACACCCUUAAAAUCUUCACUGCCAACCUUGUUGGGAGAGCCUAUGAGUUAUGCCCUUCAUACACUAUGCAUAUAGAGUGGAGAGAGUUUAGCCCCGCGAAUAAUCAAAAGUUGUAAUUUAAUUUUAAAAUGUUUGUGCGUUUCGGUAGGCUAAGUGUGAGAGGUAGGCGAGCGUUAGCGCUAAAAUCAAAAUUCAUGCAGCCUUCAAUACACAUAACCACUUCAUGGAUUGUGACUUGCAGCGAUUCACAAGUUGCAUCGCUGUGAAAUAUUACAAUGUUAUCAGUUACUAGUGUGGCUAGAA